AUUACAAAGAGCUCAUUAUCUAUGUGGCACGACGAUGAUCACCUUCAAAAUGAAUAUGGUUUCUUUUAGUAUAUAUGACAGGAUUUUGAAAGGGCCAACAACUAUGUAAUGUACCUUAGCCCAAGCAAAAUGUGAUCCUUUUUUCAAUGUAUAUAUUAUGAUGUUUUUAACAUCUGAAAAUCUGACUAGUUUGGUUUGGUUGUACAUUGAUUUUAAGACACGAACAACCAUUUUAUUUCUAACUUUUUUAAAUAUCCUAUUAUUUAUUUCUAACACAGCAGAAUUUCCACCAGAAAUGCUUAGUUUAUUUGAUUCACACUCUACCAAUCCAGAUUUGUCUAAUUAUGUACGAGGAUCUUACUCACAACCCAUUCAGAGGCAUAGAGUGGAAUUAAUACCAAUCAGCUCAUCUCCUGAAUAUGUUAUCCUUCUGGAUACAGAUGUUACGGACUGGAAUAACUGGACAAGAAACACAGGGAAAUACGAAGGAUGGCGUCAACAAACGCAUCCAAUUUUACAAAGAAAAAUAUAUGGUGUAUGCCAGAUAGCCCAAAAACACAAUGAUAAUUGGUUAUAUAGUCCACCAAUUCUUGUCAUUGAAGCGAGAAACAUUAUUGUGGAAAUUACUUUUACAAUAAGAGAAUGUAGUGAACAUCCUAAUUCAGAGGUAUUACGCUACUGCCAACAAACAUUAGAACUCCUCUUGCUUCAAGUUGAUGGAGCAGUAGCAGAUGAAAUGGAUACAAACCAAACACAAAAUUUAUAUACAAAGUUGGCUACACUAUCUACAACAAAUAAGACAAUACCUGACCCAUCUCCAGAAAAACUUCUUAUCGCCUGGAAUGUAUCCAAUCAAAACAAAAACCAACCAAAUGAUUUUUCCUCAGAACAAGUUACUGUACAUAUCAGUAGACUUAAUGUACAAAGUGAAAAUAUCCGAAUAGCCAUACGUGAUCGUGGAUCAUGCUCAACGAUAAGACGAGUGCGAGUAGGAUUUAUAGUCUGUCCAUUUAUUCGAAAAAAUUUCGUAGAAUAUCCUCGAACUAUCACGGGAAAGAUAAUGGAGAGUCUAAGUGUGGAUGGACGUUGUAUUACUGGUGCAGCACUACUCAGUCACAAGGAGGUUCCUAAAUUAAUUUGUCAAACUGAUGGAUUAUGGUAUUAUGAAUCAUCGAUACCUCUUCAUUCGAGUACAGGAGAAAAUUUCGACAGUUAUUCUAGAAGCAAAUUUUUAAACCAUUUAGAAAGACCUUGUGAAUGUAUGCCUGGCUUCGGUGUUCAGGAUGAACACAAUAUAAUGGAUCAGUUGUGCGAACCAUGUGGACUGAAUUAUUUCAAAUCAACUUUUGGACCAUUCUCAUGUCAGCGUUGCCCAGUAAAUUCACACAACCCAUUUCACACCCUAUCAUCACGAAAUAUACAAGGAUAUAAUCUUUUAAAGUAUGGAUCUAGAAUUACAAUGUAUAAUUCUUCAAAUAUUCGCGAAGUUGAUAAUUGUAUAUGUGAUGCUGGCUAUCAUCGUCACCCAGUAUUAGACAGACCUGAUUCGCCCUGCACAAAAAUCCCAUCGGCACCAAGAAAUGUAACUGUCAACUUGAGCGACCCAGCAAGGGUACAAUUAUUCUGGACUGAACCCCUAGAAACAGGUGGUCGAUCAAGGGUUUGGUAUAUCAUCAACUGUUUGGAGAUACCAAAUCAAUUAUGCUCACCUCAUUUAACAGUUAUACCAGAACUGCCUACACUAAUGACCAGCCUAGUGCUGAUUGGAUUGAAUUUGGGCAAAUCUAUUAUAUUGAGUGUCAUAGCUACAAACGAAUUAAGUGAGCAUCUUUCACAUUUAGAGCUUAUUCAGUCUACUGCCAGCGUAACAAUCCAGCUUCCUAAUCCAAUAAAUAUUUCAGUUGGAAAUGUUCAUUUUAAUGAAGUAAAACAUUGGCAAGCUAACAGAUCAACAGCACAUCAAUUGUUAAUCGACUCAAAAGCAUCAGAUAGUGGAAGGAAAGAUUCUGUUUCUAAGGUUUAUGAAUUCUCAUGGGAACCGCCUCAGUUUGUACCAAGUAAAUCAUUCAUGCAGAUACCUCAGUUUGGUCAAGAUACUCAAACAAUGAAUAAACAGUCAGAAGGAGACUUCACUGUGAUUGAAUAUCAAGUCUAUGUGUGGAUAAACUCAAGCAUGAUGCAGUUUGAAGAUACUUAUUGGCAAAAUAAACCAGCUCUUAUACAUUUCCUGUCAGAAACAUCUAUUUUCCUAACCGACCUACCACAUCCCGGAACUUUAGGAAUAUGGGUAAAACCACGUCUCUCUGCCGGAUGGGGAAUAUUUAAAAAGUCAGUCUAUUACUAUUCAAAUAUUGACAGAGAUGACAGAAAUGCAGAAGGAAAAACUACGUAUGGUCCACUGCUUAUGGAUACUGCAUCAAAAGAACUCAUAUCGUCAAACAGUUCUGAAGUGAUGAAGCCAGUGUACAUAUCAAAUCGCUUUCGAAUACUUAUGGGUAUAAUGGGGUUGGGAGCAAUUCUGUUGUGUUGUCUUUUGGCCAUUCUUAUAUUUCUUCGAUUCUGUUCAAAACAUUCUGGAUCCAUUGAAGGAAAUAGACAAAUGGAAACGGUCCUUGUUCCUAAUUCAUCAAACGGUCUCAUAAAUGAAAAUACAGAGAAGCAUAUGGAGUGCGAUUUUCAACUUGAAGCUCCGGAUAGUUCGUCGACAACCGAUCAUUCAACUCCAUUAAAGUCUAACAUAUGUGAUCCACUUCAACCACCAGUUUCAGUCCGGGAAAUAAAUAAAGAGAUUGAUCCACGUCGGAUAAUGAUUAAAAGAACAAUAGGUGAAGGUGAAUUCGGGAAAGUAUGCGCCGGGGACUUUGUAAUUUUGCCUGAGAAUAAACUUCAACUCGUUGCUAUAAAAAUGCUACACCCAAAUGUUAAUGAUAAAACGCGUCAAGACUUUUUAACAGAAGCCAAUACAAUGAGUCAGUUGGACCAUCCAAAUAUUGUACAACUGAUUGGAUUAGUGACCAAAUCUGAACCUAAGAUGAUAGUUAUUGAAUUUAUGGAGAAUGGUUCAUUAGAUAAUUAUCUACGGUGCUCCAGAAGUACAUUGUCAAUGGAACAGCUCUUAUACAUGUUAAGAGACAUUGCUUGUGGUAUGAAUUACCUUGCACAUCUGAACUUUGUUCAUAGAGAUUUAGCAGCUCGCAAUAUACUUGUCGACAAGUUCAAUACAUGCAAAGUAUCAGAUUUCGGUUUGACUAGGAAGGUUGGUUCAGAUACCACUGAGGAUGCAUAUACAUUCACCGGUGGAAAGGUUCCUAUACGUUGGACAGCACCUGAAGCUAUAAUGUACAGAAAAUUCACAAUUUCAAGCGAUAUAUGGUCGUUUGGUAUCGUAGCCUGGGAAUUGUUUAGCCUUGGGGAAAGACCAUAUUGGAACUGGACAAAUCAAGCUGUAAUUGCGAUGGUGGAAAAAGGUUAUCGUCUACCACUACCGAAUGUUUGUUCAUCUGAAAUAUAUCAAAUUAUGACUGAAUGUUGGGAUAGUAAUCCUGAACAAAGACCAAACUUUAAUUCAAUUUGUAAACAGAUCAAUAUUUUUAUUGGUAACUAUCUUCAAACAAACAAAAAAAUGGAAUACUUAAAGGUAAAUAAACUAAGAACUGAUGAUAUUUCUAUGACCUCUUCAUUGAACGAGGACGUUGCUUAUUGUCUUCUGCCUAAAUCGUAUGAAAACAGUCUACUUCCAAAAGGCAAUUACAAUACUAGCAGUAAUAACAAUAAUGCAUCACAAAUUUCAAGGAAUUCAUCAUAUAAAAUUUACACUUCCUUCUCUUCAUCUAAUACAUAUUUUAAUGUGAAUGCAGUAAAUAUAAGUGAAGCAGGUUCGUCGCCUAACAGUAAUAAUGACUUUAAAAAUGACCUUGUAUCCGGCGAAUUCGAAGAAAAAACACUAAAUGACCUUUUUGCUAAAUAUGAUACCGGUAAAUUUUCAACAACAAGUUAUUGCCGAGACAAAUAUCCACAUUAUUCAAUUAAUCAUAAUGCAAAUGAGCGUAAUAAUGAAGCAAUAAGUGAGGGGUUCUCUUUAAUAAAACCGAAGUGCAACGUGUACGCAUAAUCUUAGCGUUAUCCAUUGUGCUUUUUUAUAUUUGCAAUAGUGUAUGAUUUUAGCUGCAGUAAGAAUGUUUUGGGAGAAAUAAUUUAUCAUUGGACGCUUUAUUGUUCAGUAUACAUAGUUUCUUGUCGAUAUAUAACUUCCAUAUUCACUCCUUUUGUGAUUUUCUCCUUGUUUUCAUUGACGUAUGACUUAGAGUCUUAAUGCAUUGUGCAAUGUCUUCCUAAAAACAAAAUUUUACCGAUUCUUUCAAACGAAUUAUCUCUUAUUUCUGUUCAGCUGGUUCUCUUCUGAACUAAAUACAAAAUUGCUUAUGUACAUGUAUCCACAUAGUCUUUGGAUAUUCAAAUCUACUGAGUGAGAACUUCCGUUCUUUUGAGAUGUAGAUAUCAAAGUAUAAACAUUUUUAAAUAUGUAUAGAUGAGUAUCAGUUAUUUGGUGCACAUAACUGAGCCACAACCUGUAAAGUUUAUUUAUCAUUUCCACUACUUUUUGAGGUCGUUGAUUAUCAUUUAAUGAUCUUUGAUUUACUAAGCAUUCCACAAUGAAAAAUUGAAUUUGACUUGAUGAUAUAUAGCUGUGUAAACUGAAAUUACAGUCACCAUAGUUCAAGCUUUUUUCAUAUAUUUCAGCUAACUAAGUAGUAAACACGACAAAGUAAUUACUGUAGUCUGAAAUGAAUAACGAGAUUUGUACUGAGAGACAUUCAAGACCUCUGUGCACUAUUAUUGUUGCGCAAUACGGCUGAAAUCUUUACUUUAUGGUGUCUGAGGACAAUGUUCCAGGUUGAAACUCAAGACAAAAUUGAAUAUAACCGCAUAUAUUUUUCAAGUUAGACAUACCAAUGAUCUGAGUUACGCAUGUCAUAUACUGCUAAGUGAAUAUCGCAAGUCAGAAGAAGGCUGUAAAAAAAGAAUGCAUUAUAUAUAAUAAACGGAGGAAAUAAUAUUACGAAGUAACCCACCUCACGGUACAAACAACUUUAGCAGAAUACUGAAAGUAUUAUCUCCUUAAAAAUGUAUAUUAGGUUAAUGUUAUCUGACAAUCACUAUUUUCUAAGUUGCAGUAAACUUCAGUUUUACUUGUGACUAUUUUUGCAUAACUAUUUGAAUACCAAGUUGUGCUGUCAAAAAAAAUGUGUAUCAAUCAUGUUUAACAUCU